CCUCUGCUCAACAUUACUUGCUACUUAAUUGUUCAUCAUCACCGAGUUUGAACUGCAUAUAUCAAAGCAUACACCAUGGGUCAAUUAAAUCUCGUCGUGUCUGUUCUUUCACUCUCUCUUUGCCUCUUCUGUGCCUCUGCUCAGCUCCGACAGAACUAUUACGCCAACGUCUGCCCCAAUGUCGAAAACAUCGUCAAAAACGUUGUCACCCAGAAAUUUCAGCAGACUUUCGUCACCGUCCCCGCCACUCUCCGUCUCUUCUUCCAUGAUUGCUUCGUCGAGGGAUGUGAUGCGUCGGUGGUGGUGGCGUCGACGGCGGGAAACACGGCGGAGAAGGACCACCCGGAUAAUCUGUCGCUCGCCGGAGAUGGUUUUGAUACGGUUAUCAAGGCAAAGGCGGCGGUUGAUGCAAUCCCCAGAUGCAAAAACAAAGUCUCCUGUGCCGAUAUUCUUGCCAUUGCCACCCGUGACGUUAUCUCUCUGGCUGGGGGUCCAUGGUACCCGAUUGAGUUGGGAAGACUUGACGGUUUAACAUCAAAGGCGGCCAACGUUGAAGGGAAACUACCAAAGCCAACCUUCAAUUUGGUUCAACUGAACACCAUGUUUGCUUCUCAUGGUCUUUCUCAAACUGACAUGAUCGCUCUUUCAGCUGCCCAUACGCUAGGAUUUUCUCACUGCAACAGAUUCUCCAAUCGGAUUUAUAAUUUUAGCCCGAAAAGCCCGGUGGACCCAACUCUGAACAAGCAAUAUGCGUCUCAGUUACAAGCAAUGUGCCCUAGAAAUGUUAACCCAUUGAUAGCCAUCAAUAUGGACCCGGUCACGCCCAGAACAUUCGACAAUGUUUAUUUCAAGAAUCUGCAAAAGGGAAUGGGUUUAUUCACUUCUGAUCAAGUUUUGUACACAGAUUCACGUUCCAAGUCCACUGUAGACUUGUGGGCAAACAACCCUAAAGCUUUUCAAAAUGCUUUCAAAGCUGCUAUUACUAAACUGGGUCGGGUUGGUGUCAAGACGGGUCGGAAUGGGAAUAUCCGUUUUGAUUGUGGAAGGUUUAACUAAGUUAUUAGUUAUUAUCCGUUCCAAAAGAAAUUUUUUUUAAAAAAGAAUAAAAAAUUUCUGAUUUCUAUUACUUGCUGAAAUAGAUGGAUAAAUGUAGGUGAGUCUGUAUUUGUGUAAGUUUGGUGAAAUAAACUGAGGUCGGAAAUAAGAUUUGGGCCGAAUCUCAGUCGUUCAUCCCUUUGAUGAGAUUGGAAGUUGAUAUUUGUUUUGAUCACUCA